UUUGAUCAUUUUCUAAGCUCUCAAAUCAUUAUCUUCAUCAUGGGUGUCUUCACAUACGCAGACGAGUCCACCUCAGUCAUCCCCCCACCAAGAUUGUUCAAAGCCCUUGUUCUUGAAGCUGACACCCUCAUCCCCAAGAUUGCUCCCCAAGCAGUUAAAAGUGCUGAAAUUGUUGAAGGAGAUGGAGGUGUUGGAACCAUCAAGAAGAUUAGCUUUGGUGAAGGAAGUCAUUACAGCUAUGUGAAGCACCGGAUCGACGGGCUUGACAAAGAUAACUUUGUGUACAGCUACAGUUUGGUUGAAGGAGAUGCUCUUUCAGACAAGGUUGAGAAAAUCAGUUAUGAGAUUAAGUUGGUGGCAUCUGCUGAUGGAGGUUCCAUCAUAAAGAGCACCAGCAACUACCACACCACAGGUGAUGUUGAGAUCAAGGAAGAGGAUGUUAAGGCUGGGAAAGAGAAGGCAACUGGUCUGUUCAAGCUUAUUGAGAACUACCUUGUGGCCAACCCAGAUGGUUCCUGCUACGCUAUCUGUGGCCGCCAAUGCCCAGCAAGUUACUAG